AUGGCGGCGCUGAAGGAGGAUCGGAGCUACGGGCUGUCCUGCGGGCGGGUGAGCGACGGCAGCAAGGUGUCUGUGUUCCACGUGAAGCUUACCGACAGUGCCCUGAGGGCCUUCGAGAGCUACCGCUCCAGCCAGGAUUCUGUUUCACUGAGACCGUCAAUCCGAUUUCAGGGAAGUCAAGGGCACAUCUCCAUCCCCCAGCCUGACUGCCCCACGGAGGCGCGGACCUUCUCCUUCUACCUCUCCAACAUUGGCCGUGACAGCCCCCAGGGCAGCUUUGACUGCAUCCAGCAAUAUGUAUCCAGCCACGGGGAUGUUCACCUGGACUGCCUGGGCAGCAUCCAGGACAAAAUCACGGUGUGUGCCACCGAUGACUCCUACCAGAAAGCACGACAGAGCAUGGCGCAAGCUGAGGAGGAGACACGGAGCCGUGGUGCCAUCGUCAUCAAGCCUGGAGGCCGCUACCUGGGCAAGAAGGUUCAGUUUCGGAAACCAGCUCCGGGGGCCACAGACGCCGUGCCCUCCCGGAAGCGGGCGACGCCAAUCAACCUGGCGAGUGCCAUCAAGAAGAGCAGUGUUGGUGGCAUUAGUGGGGGCAGUGGGGUGUCUCAGAGGCCCUUCCGUGACCGAGUGCUGCACCUCCUGGCGCUGAGGCCCUAUCGGAAGGCCGAGCUGUUGCUACGGCUGCAGAAGGACGGCCUGGCCCAGGCGGACAAGGAUGCGCUGGACGGCCUCCUCCAGCAGGUGGCCAACGUGAAUGCCAAGGAUGGCACAUGCACGCUGAAGGACUGUGUGUAUAAGGAUGUGCAGAAGGACUGGCCUGGCUACUCGGAAGGGGACCAGCAGCUGCUGAAGCGGAUGCUGGUCCGGAAGCUGUGCCAGCCACAGAGUGCAGGUGGCCUCCCCGGAGACCCUGCUGCCUCCAGUCCUCCCAGGGAACAUGGAAGCUCUGCCUCGCCCCCUCAGAAACGACCACAGCCUCCUGAUUUCAUCAGUUCCCUGGCCAACAAGAAACUCAGGAUAUCACAUUUCACCCAGAGAGCUCAGCCUGCCAUCAAUGGGAAGCUGAGUGCACCCCAUGGCCGCGAGGCCCUAUUGCCUACCCCAGGCCCGCUGGCUGGCACAGAUGCCCACCUGCCCCCGCGGUUGGAGCCCCCGAGGGCCCAUGACCCCUUGGCUGACGUCAGCAAUGACCUGGGCCACAGCGGCCGGGACUGUGAUCACGGAGAAGUGGCCACCCCGGCCCCGACUACGCGCCUCGGUUUGCCCCUGCUGACGGACUGUGCCCAGCCCAGCAGGCCCCAUGGCGGCUCAUCGCGCAGCAAAUCCAAGAAGAAGUCCAAGAAGCACAAAGACAAGGAGAGGGCAGCUGAGGACAGGCACCAGGCCCGGUUGCCAGACCACUUACCCAGCCCCCUUGGAGCCCCACCAGAUGCCCCGGGUUUAAAUGGGGCCUGCAACAGCUCGAGCGUCCCCACGUCAACCUCAGAGACCCCCGACUACUUGCUGAAAUAUGCCACCAUUUCCUCCUCGGAGCAGCGCCAGAGCUACAAGAACGACUUUAACGCGGAAUACAGCGAGUACCGCGACCUGCACGCGCGCAUUGAGCAGAUCACACGGCGCUUCACGCAGCUGGACGCCCAGCUCCGGCAGUUGUCCCAGGGCUCCGAGGAAUACGAGACUACUCGCGGGCAGAUUUUGCAGGAAUAUCGAAAAAUCAAAAAGACCAACACCAACUACAGCCAGGAGAAGCACCGCUGCGAGUACCUGCACAGCAAGCUGGCCCACAUCAAGAGGCUCAUCGCCGAGUACGACCAGCGACAGCUGCAGGCCUGGCCCUAG